AUGGAGUCCCAACAAGACCGUGGGUUUCCGAUCAUGGAGCAUCCUGAUAUGAACAAUCAUGAUUCGGAUGGCUCCGGCUCCUCUGAUGAGCUGCUGCAACAGCCCUACAGCAUCCGAUCGGACUCCAGCUUCACGGAGAAUUUCGACAGCCAGAUCCCAACCCCCGCGUCGACCAUCACCAACUCCCCUACCCCAUCCCUUCCCACCGGUAUCCCUCCUUGGGUCACGGGUACACCUUCACGCCCGCGGGGAGCGAGCGUCGGCGCCUCUGCUCUCGACAAAGCCCAGCCCGUGGAUGGUCUGCCAGGUGACUUGAGGUCGCAACGUCCCUCCGGCCCCGCUCGGACACCUUCGAACACCUACGCCCCUCAGCGCCGCCCGCCCCAGUACAUCAGCUUCCAGAAUGACCGGCAGAGAUCCUCCUCCACGAAGCGUACCCCUCGACGGGACCCCAACGCCCAGUACCGAGCCCAGGAAAAAGCCUACGUCCAGCGCAUCCGGGCCGAUCCACAGGCAUGGUACAACCACUUCGAUGAAGCUCAGAAUAUGAGCCCGGGAAUCGGAGACUCAGACCUAGAGGAACCCUCGCCCUCAUCGGAAGUUCCCUUUGAAGACGAUGCUUAUGACCCGGAUAUUCAACUCUUUCUCAAUGAUGACAAUCUGCCGACACUCGACGAACUAAAGAACCCGCGCAACCAGGAAAGACUUGAGUGGCAUUCCAUGUUGUCGUCCGUCCUGAAGGGAGACGUCGUUAAGCAAGAAAAACAACGUCUUUUGGGGUCCACGGACACCAAACGGUCCUCCGCCCAGAACAAUGCGAUUUGGCUUGGUGUUAGAGCAAGGACGUGCGGACGCAGUGUGGCUCUGCAACGGAAGCUCAUCGAAGAGGCUCGAACUGGACUGGGACCUAUUAUCGAAGAGAUUAUCAAGUUCGAGAUCAAAGGUGAGACUGAGAUCGGCAAGCCUCCCAUUCAACAGGUCGAAGACAUCGUGGGACAGAUCGAGAGAUGUGAAAGCUUGUAUUCCACUCACAAAGAGCUUGAAAGUGCACACCCUCGCAUUGCUUCGGAGGAGUUUCGCUCGAGCCGUGACGCUGUUCUCGCCUGGCAUAAUACAACCAUCUUGAUCAACACGGAACUUGCCAUUCUACAAAAGUGGGUCGGCAAUGACGAGCUCGAUUUCAGCAAACCCAGAACCAAGUCAAUCAACAGCGACCUCACGGAUGAAUCCUCUUUCUUGGAUCGGAUCAUGAAAGAAGAUGGGUUGAGAACAUUGCAGGGGAGACACAAUAUGCUUAAUGGUGUCGGUGAGGUGAUUCAAAAGGCGAAGAACACCUUGAUCGAGAAUGCCAGCUCGUUUGCCAAGCGCCAUCUACCUCCCUACAUUGAAGAAUUGCUUACCUUGAUCAACUUUCCUUCGCGCCUCAUUCAAGAGAUCAUUCGCAUGCGACUCUCCUACGCCAAGAACAUGAAAGACCCUGCCCAGCAGUCUCCUAUUCUGGUAGAUCAGAUGCUGUCGCAGUUCCAGAUUUUGAUGAAGGUAGCAGUGGAUAUCAAGCAACGAUACAUGGAUAUUGCCAGGCCUGAGCCGGGUUGGGAUCUGCCUCCUUGUAUUGACGAGAGCUUCGACUCGGUCGUUCUGGAUGCUAUGAAGUAUUACUUCCGACUUCUCAAUUGGAAGCUGAAUGCAAACAAAAACACAUUCAAAGAAGCCGAGAUUCUGGAACAGGAUUGGGAGUUCUCUAACGAGGUUGGGCGUCAACUUGAUGGGGGUGACAUCGAGGUUGCUGAGCAAUAUAGCGCGUUGACUGCAAAGUCUCUUCAACGCUUGAUGAUCCACUUCGAGCGAGAAUUGACGAUACGUCCAAAUGAAGAUCCUAUCGACAUGGACAAGCGUUACAAGAGUGUUCUUGACUCUACCCGAAUUCGUCAACGAAAGCUCUACCGCUUCUCCCGGUUUUUGCGCCAAUUGUUCGAAAAUGCAACAGAGUAUAACUUGCCCGCUGACAUUGCCUAUGACUUUCUGGAAGCGCUUCUCGUAUCGGAUCACUUCAUCAUCAAGUCGACUAUCCCGAUGGGACAGAAGAAUGUCUACCUCUUUGCGCAUCCGGCAUUGUGGGGCCGCCCCGCAGAUCUACAAGCGAUCAUGGGCACGUCCUUCCGUGAGGAGGAUGGCUCGAAAGACUCCCCUCACGCGCCCUAUAUACUGGUAGUACGUCCGGAGAAGCCAUUAGCCUGGGCUGGCAAAGAAAUGCAGGUUGAAACCAUGGAGCACCCUACAGACUUACGGCUGGGGAAACUGCGCCUUGUCGUUGAGGGCACCCAACAGCGCUUGGCUAACGCUCGGGCUGAGUUGGCGCAAUUGACCGGAAUGCAUCUGGAUAUGGCCAUUGAGCAACGGGCCAAUCUCGGUCGCGUCAAUGUGGAACUCAACAAGAUCAAGAAGAUUUCAUUCAAGUUAUCCAUGACUAUCAUGGAUAGUGUUGCAAUUAUUCGCAAUCAGCUGAAGGAGAAAGGGGUGGAAAACCACGACCUGAUUCAAGCAUGUUAUGCUUUCGCUACGGAAUUCGGGAAGCGCUCUUCUAACGUCGACCCCAACAGGCGCGCUAUGAAUAGUGCAAGACUUGUGGAUUUGUCUCUUGAUUGGGUGUCUUUCGUGUGUGAUGACUGUGAUGCCGCUGAUCGGAAAACCUUCAAGUGGGCUGUUUCUGCUCUUGAAUUCGCCAUGGCCAUUACUUCUAGCAGACACUUGAUUUCCAUGGAUGAUGCCCAAUUUGCUCGUUUACGACAGAAAGUGGCCGGGUGUAUGUCACUCCUGAUAUCUCAUUUCGAUAUCAUGGGCGCUCGGUCUUCACGUGCGGCUCAGGCGGAGAAGCAACGCUUGGAAGAGCGUGCUGGCUCUAGAAGGAUGGGCGUAGGUCGAGUCUUGACAGAUGAGGAAGCGACCAAGCUUGUGCGGGAACAGCGCCUGGCUCACUUGAUUGAAAUUGAGGAGAGACGAGUCGACGAAGACGCCAAGCGCCAGGCACUGGGAAGAGUCUUGGAGGGAUCCAACGAGGCCGACAGAUCUCUUACCGUGCUCUCGUCCUCGGCCACUAAUGUCACUCUCCGCUGGCAGCAGGGUCAGUUCAUUGGAGGCGGAACGUUCGGAUCUGUCUAUGCUGCAAUCAACCUCGACAGCAAUUACCUCAUGGCUGUCAAGGAGAUUCGCUUACAGGAUCCUCAACUCAUUCCCAAGAUCGCUCAGCAGAUUCGCGAUGAAAUGGGCGUGCUGGAGGUUCUGGAUCAUCCUAACAUCGUUUCAUACCACGGAAUCGAAGUUCAUCGUGACAAGGUGUAUAUCUUCAUGGAGUACUGCUCAGGCGGCUCCCUCGCGAGCUUGCUCGAGCACGGCCGUGUUGAAGAUGAGAUGGUCAUUAUGGUCUACGCUCUCCAGCUCCUGGAAGGAUUGGCCUAUCUGCACCAGGCUGGCAUCAUUCACCGCGAUAUCAAGCCCGAGAACAUCCUGCUCGACCACAAUGGAAUCAUUAAGUACGUCGAUUUCGGUGCCGCCAAGAUCAUUGCCCGCCAAGGCAGAACUGUCGUCCCCAUGGAUGCCUUGACCAGCACUGGCCACAAGGACGCCAUACCCAAGGACUCCCAGGUGCCUCACAAUAACUGGGGCAAGAACCAGAAGACCAUGACCGGAACACCGAUGUACAUGUCCCCCGAAGUAAUCCGCGGUGACACCUCCAAGCUCAUCCACCGUCAAGGCGCAGUCGACAUCUGGUCUUUGGGAUGUGUGAUCCUCGAAAUGGCCACUGGCCGACGACCGUGGUCGACCCUAGACAACGAGUGGGCCAUCAUGUACAACAUCGCCCAAGGCAACCAACCACAGCUGCCAACUCGCGACCAGCUCAGCGACCUAGGUAUCGACUUUCUCCGCCGUUGCUUCGAGUGUGAUCCUCUCAAGCGCUCCACCGCCGCCGAACUUCUUCAACACGAGUGGAUCGUCUCUAUCCGCCAGCAGGUCGUCCUUGACACCCCUACGCCAGGUAGCGAGAACAGCGCCAGCAGUUCUACUUCGGGCAGCCGCCAAAAUUCUACCUACGGCUAG